GGUGACGGGAAAACACGGAAAAGAACGGCGGAUCAUCAAAAUACCACAAUGCAUUGGUGUAAACAAUGGUGACAGAUGCAGGGUUUAUAUAGAAUAUUUAUCAGUUUAUAUUUGGAAAAUUGAGGCUUACAAGAUCAUUAUUUUCAAAGGAAGUAUAUGAUUGGUUAAUUCAAAAUGCUGGCUGCAAGACGAUUGGUCCAUGUGAUCAAUCUUCAGCGAAUGGGAUUUGUUAGUGCAUAUGAUGUACAAAUGAGAUAUGCACGUUACCAUUUGGACGAACUUGCUGGAAGGCAAGGAGCACAUGGAUUUAAUGUUAUUUUGUUAGUUGAGCAUAACCCUGUGUAUACUGUGGGACUUAGGGACAAAUCAUACUCAAAAGAAGAUGAAAAAGAGCUAAGAUCUAAAGGUGCUGAAUUUGUUCGCACAAAUCGUGGUGGUUUAAUUACUUUCCAUGGACCUGGACAGUUAGUUGCAUACCCAAUAUUGAAUUUAAAACAUUUUAACCUUGGUAUGCGAGAUUAUGUUUGUAAUCUUGAGAAAACAAUGGUUGACACAUGUGCUCAUUAUGGUUUAAAUGCGACAAUAACUGGGGAUACUGGAGUGUGGAUACAAGACAGGAAAAUUGGUGCUAUAGGAAUCCAUGGAAGUCGGUAUAUAACUACCCAUGGUGUAUCGUUAAAUUGUAACACAGACCUGGACUGGUUCAAGCACAUUGUUCCUUGCGGUAUCAUAGGAAAAGAUGUCACGUCAUUAUCUCGUGAACUUAACAAAGACGUCAGUGUUAAUGAAACAAUAAUGUUCUUUCUGGAGGCAUUUCAACAAAGAUUUGGGUGUGAAAUUGACGAUAGCUUUUUAAUGCAAGAUCAGCUGGGUAUUGUACCAACCAAAGAAAACCUGGAGAAGGUAGAAAAUCUCCACCACAAGAUAGCACACAAGGCUGUGGAGACUGAAGUCUGAAAAAAUCAAAAUUGUGCGAGAAGUAAAUUGAUAGUUAUUAAACCAGUAUAAGACGUUAUCCCGAACUCAACGAAGUGGGUUUUUCCCCGGCUAAUCUGUAGGUUCAACUAACUUUUACCGUCACAAUAGAUUAGUCAACCUGUUUCCCUUAUUUUAGAAGCUGUUACUGUAAAAGUUUGUUUGUACAUGUACCUAUGUUAUUUGCUGGGAAAAAAAAAAAAUUCUUAAAUCCGGAGUAAGUCCAUUAUAAUUCAGACUACAAUUCAGACUACAUAGAAAUCAAUCUGGUAUAUGAAUAUUUGAACAGUCUAGCAAUCAUUGGAUUUCCCCGACUCGGCUGAAAUAGCAUGAUCUGCCUUUGGGUAGACUUCAUAAAGGCUGACUACUGAAAAUGAGAUUAAAUUUGUACAUAUAGUUUUUAGCUCCUCUAUAGGGAGAGCUAUUCUACUGACCCAGGUUUUGGCGUCACAUUUUUGUUAAGAAUUUUUUUCUGCAAGUUGAUAUCUCCAAAACUACCGAAGAGCAUUGGUUAAAACUUCACACAAUUAUGUAAGAGCAUAAAAGGAUGUCACUAUCCAAGGCCGAUUUCUAACAUGGAUUUAGACAGAAUUAUGGCCCUUUUUUUAAACUUCAAAAAUUCUACCUUAUCCAGAAUUAUAGCUGUUUACAUCAUCCAGGCUCUUUUUUACUAUCAAGCACUGAGAAUAGAGUAUGUCAACAGCUUUUGUUGUUAUCCUAUUUUUCAUUGAAAUGAUUUGACUUAAAAUCAUUAUUGUUAUGGUGUAGUUAUAAAACUUGUGUGUUAUACCUUGUUCAGUUUGAGAUUGUCAUAGUAUAAAAAGCAAAUUGUCCUAUCUAAAAUUAAUCCAGAAAUAUAAUGUACAUGUACAGCAUAACACAAAUGCAGUAUAAAAACAACAUGGAACAUUUUAUUUUGAAAUAAUAAUAAUAUGUUUGAAUAUUGUACAUGUAGUUGCUAUGGCAACAAAUUGUAUAAAACGCUGUUUUAGUUUUCAAAAUGUAGAUUACUCGGAUUUUUUCAAAAAUAAAAAAAAACUAUAUAAAGAAAAA